GUGGCCAUGUAAUAAGCCUCUUUAAAAUGGUGACAGACCCUUGACUCUUUGCCUUGAAUUACAUUGAUAAAAGACAUUUUAUUGCGUUAGUGCUGGGGCAGGAGUACAGGAUGGUUCUUGCCUGGUCGGCCUCUUUGAAACCACUUCAGCCCUGCUGUCCACACACCCCACCGCCUGACAAGGUUGGAGUGUGAUGGUGGUGGAGAUCUGUGGGCUGCUGACAGAAGGAGCUUUCUGCCCAGCAGUUGAAAGUUGAGGCUCUGAAAGCAAAAGGAUUUCAGCCUGAGGGGCUUAUUAGGGAGAGGGGAGCAUCUCUGUUCCUGGUGGACCUGAGGGACCUUGACCUGGGUGGCUCUGGGUCGGUCUCACGGCUGGGACUGCAUGGAAAUAGAGUGUCACUGGUAACUCAUUUCCCAGGCAGCCUUAGAUUCAGAACAGGAAACGACCCUGGGGACUCCCCUGUAGUGUGGGGGCCUCCUUGAUGCCUAUGUAGAGGGGAAAGGGGAUUAUGGCCCCCAUGCCCAGAGAGGCCAGGGCUCCACCAGCUGACACAGUGGACCUGCCCAGAGGGUGGAAAGGAUGGUGCGUUCUUGGUUUGAGGUGCUUGGAGGUGUCUGAUAACUUUGGGUAUUACCCCCAUUGAAUCCACAGAAUUAGUAAACCUGAGAACAGCCAGCAGCACCCACACUGUGGCUGGACUGGGGCCUCAUGAAUGACUGCAGAUUAUACAUGUGGGCAUCUCUCUCUCCCUCUUUCUCUCUCUCUCUUGUUAAUUCAGGAAAUUCUUUCCAGGUUGGUCAGCGGGAUAAAUGAAGGAUUCAAAAUUGGGUAAAAUGUCAGGAAAAUAACUCUGAAGCCAAGAAAAUAGGCCUCCAGUAAAUAGGCUGUGCCUGCCUCUCCUUUGUUGUGUGGGGCUCUGUCAGAGAGGUUAGGGUCGAGGCAGGAGCUCAGAGGAGGAAGGUGCUGAGGGACUGAGCAGACGGCAGCAGAAGUUGGAGGAGCCUGUGGGCGGGCAGAGGCCUGUUUCUGAAAGAAGAACUUGCUGCUGUGGGACGAGGCCUGGCCUCGCAGCCCCAGAGCUCUCCUUGAUUCAAUCUCACCUCAGGCGAGAGGGCAGCCUAGUUUUGUUCCUGAAGAAAUGUCAGAGCCUGACCUGCUAGACCAUUUUUUUUUUUUAAGUUUGUAGAGCUUUGAAGCCUUAAAUUAGUUCUCAUAAUUUCCGAGCAGUUCUGUAUUAACCAUAAGACAUAAUAGGUUUUAAUUCUGGAAAAUGGCCAGUUCUGGUUCUAAGAAUCUGUUGGCCAAGAUGGUCACAGAGUGUUAGGCCUGUAGCGUGCGCCUCCCCUGCUUCUCCGGACGCUCACACGUCACUUUAUAGUCCCAGGAAGGCAAGUGGUUACCUAUAAGCUGCUGUAGGACUAUGCCCAGACACUCUGCCUCAGCCCACCUGGAGGGCUUCCAAGGUGAGCGGUGAGGAGGGCAAAGCUUGGUCCCCAAGAAGGUGGGCAGGACUCUGAGUUCCAGCCCUGCCCUCACUACCUGCUGCAGGAUGCCUCUGAGAUCUUCCAUCACCUGGGCAGGUGAAGAGAACACCUUCCCUCAUCCCACAGGGUGACUGGGAGUCAGAAUGUGAGGAGAAGGCUUUGGGAAGAAGAUAAAGUCCUUCACGGGCCGGGAUGUAGUUUCUUAAGAAGGACCAGUCUUGGAGGCCUAACAGGGCCUUCCUGGGGAUACCCAUACUUCUGGGCCGUUUUCCUUUGAAGGGCUGCACACAGCAGUCCAAAAACUUGUUCCAGCUCUCUGGGCCUGCUCACAUCUACUAACCACGCCUCUCCCAUCCAGCAGCACCACUGCCCGCACCCCACCGACUUCCUCCUUCGCAAGGCCCUGGAACGCCUGAAAACAUUAGGGGUCUUCUUAUAAACUUCUGCACUGGAGGGGCCUCUCCUCCCCUCGUUCUGCACACGGAGCUCUAAUCCCCACGCCCGGGAUGAGUGCAGAAUAUGCCCCGCAGGGUAUUUGUAAAGAUGAGCCCAGCAGCUACACAUGUACAACUUGCAAACAGCCAUUCACCAGUGCAUGGUUUCUCUUGCAACACGCACAGAACACUCAUGGAUUAAGAAUCUACUUAGAAAGCGAACACGGAAGUCCCCUGACCCCGCGGGUUGGUAUCCCUUCAGGACUAGGUGCAGAAUGUCCUUCCCAGCCACCUCUCCAUGGGAUUCAUAUUGCAGACAAUAACCCCUUUAACCUGCUAAGAAUACCAGGAUCAGUAUCGAGAGAGGCUUCCGGCCUGGCAGAAGGGCGCUUUCCACCCACUCCCCCCCUGUUUAGCCCACCACCAAGACAUCACUUGGACCCCCACCGCAUAGAGCGCCUGGGGGCGGAAGAGAUGGCCCUGGCCACCCAUCACCCGAGUGCCUUUGACAGGGUGCUGCGGUUGAAUCCAAUGGCUAUGGAGCCUCCCGCCAUGGAUUUCUCUAGGAGACUUAGAGAGCUGGCAGGGAACACGUCUAGCCCACCGCUGUCCCCAGGCCGGCCCAGCCCUAUGCAAAGGUUACUGCAACCAUUCCAGCCAGGUAGCAAGCCGCCCUUCCUGGCGACGCCCCCCCUCCCUCCUCUGCAAUCCGCCCCUCCUCCCUCCCAGCCCCCGGUCAAGUCCAAGUCAUGCGAGUUCUGCGGCAAGACGUUCAAAUUUCAGAGCAACUUGGUGGUGCACCGGCGCAGCCACACAGGCGAGAAGCCCUACAAGUGCAACCUGUGCGACCACGCGUGCACGCAGGCCAGCAAGCUGAAGCGCCACAUGAAGACGCACAUGCACAAAUCGUCCCCCAUGACGGUCAAGUCCGACGACGGCCUCUCCACCGCCAGCUCCCCGGAACCCGGCACCAGCGACCUGGUGGGCAGCGCCAGCAGCGCGCUCAAGUCUGUGGUGGCCAAGUUCAAGAGCGAGAACGACCCCAACCUGAUCCCGGAGAACGGGGACGAGGAGGAAGAGGAGGACGACGAGGAAGAGGAAGAAGAGGAGGAAGAGGAGGAGGAGGAGCUGACAGAGAGCGAGAGGGUGGACUACGGCUUCGGGCUGAGCCUGGAGGCGGCGCGCCACCACGAGAACAGCUCGCGGGGCGCCGUGGUGGGCGUGGGCGACGAGGGCCGCGCCCUGCCCGACGUCAUGCAGGGCAUGGUGCUCAGCUCCAUGCAGCACUUCAGCGAGGCCUUCCACCAGGUCCUGGGCGAGAAGCAUAAGCGCGGCCACCUGGCCGAGGCCGAGGGCCACAGGGACACUUGCGACGAAGACUCGGUGGCCGGCGAGUCGGACCGCAUAGACGAUGGCACUGUUAACGGCCGCGGCUGCUCCCCGGGCGAGUCGGCCUCGGGGGGCCUGUCCAAAAAGCUGCUGCUGGGCAGCCCCAGCUCGCUGAGCCCCUUCUCCAAGCGCAUCAAGCUCGAGAAGGAGUUCGACCUGCCCCCGGCCGCGAUGCCCAACACGGAGAACGUGUACUCGCAGUGGCUUGCCGGCUACGCGGCCUCUAGGCAGCUCAAAGAUCCCUUCCUUAGCUUCGGAGACUCCAGACAAUCGCCUUUCGCCUCCUCGUCGGAACACUCCUCGGAGAACGGGAGCUUGCGCUUCUCCACGCCGCCCGGGGAGCUGGACGGAGGGAUCUCGGGGCGCAGCGGCACGGGAAGUGGAGGGAGCACGCCCCAUAUUAGUGGUCCGGGCCCGGGCAGGCCCAGCUCAAAAGAGGGCAGACGCAGCGACACUUGUGAGUACUGUGGGAAAGUCUUCAAGAACUGUAGCAAUCUCACUGUCCACAGGAGAAGCCACACGGGCGAAAGGCCUUAUAAAUGCGAGCUGUGCAACUAUGCCUGUGCCCAGAGUAGCAAGCUCACCAGGCACAUGAAAACGCAUGGCCAGGUGGGGAAGGACGUUUACAAAUGUGAAAUUUGUAAGAUGCCUUUUAGCGUGUACAGUACCCUGGAGAAACACAUGAAAAAAUGGCACAGUGAUCGAGUGUUGAAUAAUGAUAUAAAAACUGAAUAGAGGUAUAUUAAUACCCCUCCCUCACUCCCACUUGACACCUCCUUUUUUCACCACCCCCCUCCUUUUCCCCAUGGCCCUCCAGCCCCACUCCCUAUAGGAUUUUUUUCUAGUCCCAUGUGACUUAAACAAACAAACAAACAGAAGUAACGGAAGCUAAGAAUAUAUGAGAGUGCUUGUCACCAGCACACCUGUUUUUUUUUUUUUCUUUUUCUUUUUUCUUUUUCUUUUUUUCCUUUAUGUUCUCACCGUUUGAAUGCAUGAUCUGUAUGGGGCAAUACUAUUGCAUUUUACGCAAACUUUGAGCCUUUCUCUUGUGCAAUAAUUUACAUGUUGUGUAUGUUUUUUUUUUAAACUUAGACAGCAUGUAUGGUAUGUUAUGGCUAUUUUAAAUUGUCCCCAAUUCGUUGCUGAGAAAACAUGUUGCUGUUUCCAGUUCCGUUCUGAGAGAAAAAGAGAGAGAGAGAGAAAAAGACCAUGCUGCAUACAUUCUGUAAUACAUAUCAUGUACAGUUUUCUUUAAUAACGUGACGAGGAAAAACAGUCUUUGGAUUAACCCUCUAUAGACAGAAUGGAUGGCACUGAAAGAAAAUCUCUACAAGCUAAAUGUCUGUCUCUAAAGGGUUAAGCGUAUCAAUUGGAGAGGAAGAAAAGGCCUUGAAUUGACAAAUUAACAGAAAAACAAAACAAGUUUAUUCUAUCAUUUGGUUUUAAAAUAUGAGUGCCUUGGAUCUAUUAAAACCACAUUGAUGGUUCUACUUGUUAUAAACUUGUAGCUUAAUUCAGCAUUGGGUGAGGUAAUAAACCUUAGGACCUAGCGUAUAAUUCUAUAUUGUGUUUCUCACAACAAUGGCUACCUAAAAAUAUGACCCAUUAUGUCCUAGUUAAUCAUCAUUUUCCCUUUCGUUUAAUCUUGUAAGCAAAACUGAUUAUACCAGUAUAAAAGCUAUUUUGCUCCUGGUGAGAGCUUAAAAGAAAUGGGCUGUUUUGCCCAAAGUUUUAUUUUUUUUUAAAUGAUGAUUUAAUUGAAUGUGCAACGUGCAAAACCCCUGGAACAUGAUUAAUUACGUUAGUAAGGAAUUCAUUUUAUGAAGAUAACUUGUUUUAAAUAACAUCUUUUGAAAAAAAUUCUGGCACCAAAAGAAAUAGAUCCAGAUCUACUUGGUUGUCAAACGGACAAUCAAAUGAUAAACUUUAAGAUCGUAUAGCAUAUUUAAGAGAAGAGACUGACAAUAAGGUUUGACCGAGGGUAACAGAGGAAAAAAAUGUGUGAUUUAUUAGCACAACAUGGUACUAUUUGCCAUUUUAAACUAGAACAGGUGUAUAAGCUAAUAUUGAUACAAUGAUGAUUAACUAUGAAUUCUUAAGACUUGCGUUUAAAUGUGACAUUCUUAAAAAAGAGAAAGAAUUUUAAGAGUAGCAGUAUAUAUGUCUGUGCUCCCUAAAAGUUGUACUUCAUUUCUUUUCCAUACACUGUGUGCUAUUUGUGUUAACAUGGAAGAGGAUUCAUUGUUUUUAUUUUAUUUUUUUAAUUUUUUCUUUUUUAUUAAGCUAGCAUCUGCCCCAGUUGGUGUUCAAAUAGCACUUGACUCUGCCUGUAAUAUCUGUAUCUUUUCUCUAAUCAGAGAUACAGAGGUUGAGUAUAAAAUAAACCUGCUCAGAUAGGACAAUUAAGUGCACUGUACAAUUUUCCCAGUUUACAGGUCUAUACUUAAGGGAAAAGUUGCAAGAAUGCUGAAAAAAAAAUAAUUUGAACACAAUCUCAUUGAUGAGCAUUUAAAAAAAAAAAAAAACUAAAAAAACCUUUGCCAGCCAUUUACUUGACUAAUACUUACUUGGACUCAACAUUGCAAGCGCUGUGAAUGGAAAACAGAAUACACUUAACAUAGAAAUGAAUGAUUGCUUUCGCUUCUACAGUGCAAGGAUUUUUUUGUACAAAACUUUUUUAAAUAUAAAUGUUAAGAAAAAAUUUUUUAAAAAAACACUUCAUUAUGUUUAGGGGGGAACUGCAUUUUAGGGUUCCAUUGUCUUGGUGGUGUUACAAGACUUGUUAUCCAUUUUAAAAUGGUAGUGGAAAUUCUAUGCCUUGGAUACACACCGCUCUUCAGGUUGUAAAAAAACAUACAUUGGGGAAAGGUUUAAGAUUAUAUAGUACUUAAAUAUAGGAAAAUGCACACUCAUGUUGAUUCCUAUGCUAAAACACAUUUAUGGUCUUUUUUCUGUAUUUCUAGAAUGGUAUUUGAAUUAAAUGUUCAUCUAGUGUUAGGCACUAUAGUAUUUAUAUUGAAGCUUGUAUUUUUAACUGUUGCUUGUUCUCUUAAAAGGUAUCAAUGUACCUUUUUUGGUAGUGGAAAAAAAAAGACAGGCUGCCACAGUAUAUUUUUUUAAUUUGGCAGGAUAAUAUAGUGCAAAUUAUUUGUAUGCUUCAAAAAAAAAAAAAAAAGAGAGAGAAACAAAAAAGUGUGACAUUGUACAGAUGAGAAGCCAUAUAAUGGCAGUUUGGGGGAGCCUGCUAGAAUGUCACACGGAUGGCUGUCAUAGGGGUUGUACAUAUCCUUUUUCGUUCCUUUUUCCUGCUGCCAUACUGUAUGCAGUACUGCAAGCUAAUAACGUUGGUUUGUUAUGUAGUGUGCUUUUUGUCCCUUUCCUUCUAUCACCCUACAUUCCAGCAUCUUACCUUCAUAUGCAGUAAAAGAAAGAAAGAAAAAAAAGGAAAAAAAAAAACACCAAUGUUUUGCAGUUUUUUUCAUUGCCAAAAACUAAAUGGUGCUUUAUAUUUAGAUUGGAAAGAAUUUCAUAUGCAAAGCAUAUUAAAGAGAAAGCCCGCUUUAGUCAAUACUUUUUUGUAAAUGGCAAUGCAGAAUAUUUUGUUAUUGGCCUUUUCUAUUCCUGUAAUGAAAGCUGUUUGUCGUAACUUGAAAUUUUAUCUUUUACUAUGGGAGUCACUAUUUAUUAUUGCUUAUGUGCCCUGUUCAAAACAGAGGCACUUAAUUUGAUCUUUUAUUUUUCUUUGUUUUUAUUUUUUUUUAUUUGGAUGACCAAAGGUCAUUACAACCUGGCUUUUUAUUGUAUUUGUUUCUGGUCUUUGUUAAGUUCUAUUGGAAAAACCACUGUCUGUGUUUUUUUGGCAGUUGUCUGCAUUAACCUGUUCAUACACCCAUUUUGUCCCUUUAUUGAAAAAAAUAAAAAAAAUUAAAGUACACAA